CCCCCCUCCAUCCUUUGGCAGCUUCUGCUUCAGGCGGCGUCUCCGGGCAUGCUCCUUAAGCCAAAGUAUGGCCGCUUUCGCAAUGAGUCUGUGACCUCCUCUGACGACCUGAUGCAAAGCUUAACCAUGAGCAGCAAAGUUGUGGCCACGCCGGUGGUCCCGUCCACCACACCGAGUCUUCCUCUUCCUCCUUUGCCCCCUUUGGAGCCCAGCGCCAGGUCCUCCUCCUCCUCUGCUGCUGCUGGGGCUGCAGCUCUGGCGGACUCCCCCUGCCUGGACGGGGAGCAGGAUGCCACCACCACGUUCUGCAUGCUCAUCCCCAGGAUGCCCCAGUGGAAGUUCUCCAACUCUCUGCUCAGCAGGAGCCCGUCCAGCUCCAGCAAAGACUCCAGCAAGGGGGCAGGAGCUCCGUCCCAGAGCUCCACGCCAUCGCUCAGACCCGUUGGUUCGACUCCCGCCAGCGGAGCAGUGGCCAGCCUGGCCGCCGUGCUCAACUCCUGUGACCCCGUGUGUGUCACCCCCUGUUCCCUGCAGGCCAUCCGGGGGCAGCGGGCAGUUGCAGCUGCAAGUUCUGGUCAUGGAUUCGGGACCUCAGAGGUCACGGUGAGCCCCGGCGCCACCAGCAGGUCAGGAAUGAACCGCAGGACGAGAGGGGACGGCGUGUGGCCCGGGGGGGAAGACCUCAGCCACAAAGGCAGCUUCAUCAACAAACCGUCUCAGGGAUGGCUGCACCCCGACAAGAAGAUCGCAGGACCGGGGGCCUCCUACAUCGUCAGGUACAUGGGCUGCAUUGAGGUGCUGAAGUCGAUGCGUUCGCUGGAUUUCAACACGAGGACUCACGUGACGAGAGAAGCCAUCAACAGGCUGUGUGAAGCUGUGCCGGGGGGCCGGGGGGUCUGGAGGAAGAAGGUUUUUAACAAAGCUCUGCAGACGGUCAUGGGGAAGAGUAACCUGCGGUUUGCAGGCAUGAGCAUCGCAGUCAACAUCUCUGUGGACGGGCUGGGCCUGCUCAUCCCAACCACUCGACAGGUGAUUGCACACCAUCCCAUGCAGUCGAUCUCUUUUGCCUCUGGAGGAGACUCGGACACACCUGAUUAUGUUGCAUAUGUGGCCAAAGAUCCGGUUAAUAAGCGAGCUUGCCACAUCCUGGAGUGCUCGGACGGUUUGGCCCAGAGUGUCAUCAGCACCAUCGGCCAGGCCUUCGAGCUGCAGUUCAAGCAGUAUCUGCACAGCCCCCCCAAAACCAUGGGCUCUUUGGAGAGGUCCGUCAGGUUCGAGGAGGCGUGGGGGGACGAGGAGGACCCCUCAGAGCACGACUACUACAACAGCAUCCCAGGGAAGGAGCCUCCUAUCGGGGGAGUCGUGGACUCCAGACUGCGGCCCGCUGGAGCCCUUCUGGGUCACAUCCACACCCAGCCUCCCAACAAAACGCCGCCGCAGGCAGGCCCAACAGCUAAAAGGGAGCCAGCGUCUUACCCGCCUGCUCAGCUGUGCUAUGAGCUUCACUGGGACACUGACAUGACCUGCAGCUCAGACGGGUACCUGUGUGCCGACGGUCAGCCGACAGCCAGCAAGGACUACGAGGAGCAUCAGUACGUGAACACGCAGAGUCUGGAGCACCUGGAGGCUCAGGGGGCCGAUGGGCAGAGGGGGCCAAAGGACAGUCCCAAGAAGGACCUGUUUGACAUGAGGCCCUUUGAGGACGCCUUGAAGCUUCACGAGGCUUGUGGAGGAGCUGCUUCACAAGCCGGAGGGGGGGUUGUUCCCGUCCUGGAGGACCAGUGGCCCAGCCCCCCGCGGCGCAGAGCCCCCGUGGCCCCGAAUGAGGAGCAGCUCCGCAGGGAGCCCUGGUACCACAGCCGCAUGAGCCGGCGAGACGCCGAGAAACUGCUGGUGCGAGACGGAGACUUCCUGGUCCGCGAGAGCACCACCAACCCGGGGCAGUACGUCCUGACGGGCAUGCACUGCGGCCUGCCCAAACACCUGCUGCUGGUCGACCCCGAGGGAGUGGUUCGGACCAAAGACAUGCUGUUUGAGAGCAUAAGCCAUCUCAUCUCGUACCACCUGAAGAACGGGCUGCCCAUCGUGGCGGCGGAGAGCGAGCUUCACCUGAAACAAGUGGUCCGCAGGAAGCAGUGAGGCUCUCGCAUCGUCCAGCGAACUCUAAAACCAGAAUCUGGAACUUUUGGAAGCUCUGCUUCUGCUUUCCCCAUCGACCCUCACAAAAGCCGGUGAUCCGUAUCACCUGGAGCUUCUGUUGCCUCCUGGUCGCCAUGCCAACUCAAAUAUUUGACAUCAGCCACAUAGCAGCCCACGGCAUGGAGCACUUAACCAAACAGAGGAACCAGAGCGGCGAAAUCCUCUGAACUGACGAGGAGGAACCAAAUUCAGGACGUGGAUUCAAGCGGCCGCAUGCACAGUUGUUUGUUUGCCUUCAGCGCUACGAGGAAACCAUCAUCUCUCUACCGGAGACGGACACCAGAACUGAAAGUGAUUCUCUAAUGUGGAUGUAAAAAUAUCCGGUUCCAAAUGCAGGAUUCUGACUGAAUGGAGGAAACGAGAACAAGACGGCCUGUUUGGACUGAAAGGGCCGUUUUAGUUUCAUCCAUCUGCAGGAUCUUUAUGGACCAAAGGAAACAGAAAACAUUCAAAACGGGAGCAAAUUCCUCCUGUUUCAGUUAGAGAGAAGAACGUACAGGAAUGCUCCGCCCUUCCACGUGUUCCACGUCUGUUCCUGCCCCAACACUCCUGAUGGGGUUGGGCACCGACAUUCGGUUUCAGGAACUUGGAUUUCUGAUCUUUGAAUUGGCCCGUCUCAGGGAAUAAUGAAGCAGACGGAUUGUUCUUUGUAGAUAAUGUUCAUGUCAGCAGUUUCAACCGUGAUCUAGAAGGUAAUGAAUGUAUUUUCAUGUUUUUUUUAACAUUUCUGGAGAACCUGUUUAGAAGGUCGUCACUGUUCCUGGUGUCAACCUUCAACCUUCAGUGCACAGAGAGAUUAAUGCGAGGCUUGGAUUCAAAUGUGACUUUUUUUAUUCAUUUUUAUUAUUAUUAUUGUUUUUCAAUCCCUCAUUUUGCUUUCUCAGGAAUUUUUUGGGACUUUUCUUUUGUGACUAAAUGGCUUUUGUCAAUAAACUCACUUUAAAACAGGGAAAAACUAAUAUUGGUGUUCUUUGAGUAAUUUCCUGGUAGUUUUAGCCCAUUUCUGAUUUCUUUUUUGCCACAACAGUUUUAUUUCAGAGGAUCUACAGUGGAACCAUCUCCUCAUCCCAAAUAUAAGGACAGAUCAGACGCCUGGUGGUCAAAAAAUGCCCAAUAACCGGAGAAAUCACCAAAUGUGCUCCGUUGGUGUAUUUAUAAUUAGCUUUAAGGCACACAGGGACGGCUAAACUGGAAGAUGUUGGAUUUAUUAACAGGUGGUGAGUAUAUACUUAUUAGUUUCAAGUUUUUAUCAAAGCUAAAUCAGUCAAACAUGCUGGACAAACACAAUAGAAGAGACUUUUCUGCUGGUAAACAACCACAAUACAAACUGGAUCAGGUUUUGAUCCUCUUGUAUAGUCCAUCUUCAUCUUCAAACUCUUCUUGUGGAGGGAAAUAGGAAUAAAAUCAGUUUCCAUAUUAGAAUCUGUGCCGUUUAAGCCAACCAGCAGAUGAAUUAUUUUUCCUUCUUUGUGGUUGUAAACUGAAAUGCACAAAGAUUUGACAUCUGUAAAUGCAUGUUAAUUGUGUAAAAAAAGAUUUUGGGGAAAGCAAAUAUUUCUGUAUCCAUUAAAAAAAUAAUUUAAAGCUUUAAAAAACUAUUUUAGACAUUUGUAAACGAGUUUUCUGUCAGAAUAUAUGCGUCUGCCCAGAACAGCACCAACGUCAUGACAUUUGAGUUCUAAAAACUAACCUUUCUCCUGCCAGCAGCACCUCAGAAACCCAUCAGUUUGAUCAAAUCUUAAUUAAAACAGACAUUUUCUUUCUCUGUUUAAUCUCUUUUCAACUAUUAUACUUCCAAUUAGUGCUUGUAAAAGUGACCAAAUGUUUAUUUGGUUGUGAAUUAUUUUCUGGAUGUUUUUGGUAAUAUUCUCUUUAUUAAUAUAGUGAAACGGAACCAAAUCUAGUUUUGGUUCAAAUGUAUUUUUUAUUACUUUAUGUCACUGAAACAAAUGUAGGAAUUUUAUCCACAUUUAAUUGUUCAAAUAAAUUUGUUGUUUCUCCUG